CUGAUCACGCGGCUCAACAUAGCGUCGGAGAAGGCCAACAUCAACAACACGGCCGACGUGGGCAGCGUCGACGGGCACUACGAGUUCGAUCCGUCGACGCCAACGCCGACCGCCUCCACGCCCACCGGCCUGAUACGGGACGAUUUCCACCAUCUGAUGACGCUUCCCUCCACCUCGAGCGACCUGCUGUGGAGCGCGACCGGGCUGGCGGGCGUCGUGUCCUCGCUGAGCGGCGGCCGGAAACGGGGCCAGUCGCGGUACGACAAUAUCGAUGCGCGCGUGCAGGCCAUGAAGGAGGAGUUUUACGAGUACCGCAAGCGGCAGCAGCUGCAGGCCGUGAGUGGUACGAGCGCGGCAGAACUCGAGAGUGCCUGCUAGUGUGUAGCUAGUGAUGCUCGGCGGAUUAGUAGAGUAAGUUUGUUGUAAGUUGUAAUGUUUUCGAAGCCGGAAAGAUGUCACGUUCUUGCCGCGCGAGACACUGUACUUUGUUUUCAGUGUUUCCUUUAUUCGUUCUUUGCUCUGCUGGGUCAGAUGUUGGGGUCAGACCAAACCUGGGUGGUUUGAGCGGUGACCGCUUUUGGGGUCUGUGCAAAGCAAUAGAAAUUUGCUAUAAUUUAAACUACGAUUUGAAAGCGCAUUUGAGAGGGAAAGUGAGCGUCAACUGUUGUUAUGUUGUGAUUUGAUGUUUUAUACAUGAGGAGGAGGAAGUAAGGCGGUACUGAUCGGCACAACCGGCACAACAGCGAGGAUGUGAUGAAUGCAAGUGUAAAACAUGAUGAUAAACCCUAUACUAAAGGAAUCAAAUCGAGCGGUGAAGAAAAAAACACUGACGAUGACCGACCGGGCAAAAGGUCAACGACAAUUGCGAUAAAAUCAAGUGAAUACAAAAAAAAAAGAAGUUAUUUCAAAACACGUAUAGAACGCACGCUCACCUUUACUGAUACUAAAAUCACCCAUUUCACAAGACAAAACUUAAAUGGAACAAAGCCCAUUUGUAAGCGAUAAAAAACAAACAAAACAAAACAAAACAAUUUUCUGCACAUAGAGAAGCGAUUCAAAUUGAUGAGGUAACAUGAAAAAUAGGUAACCACGUAAUUAAUAUUUAAUGUUCUUCUACCCCCCCCCCCCCCCCCCCCCACAAAAACAAUAUUCACCCACUCAGAUUGAAAGGAACCGUCGGCGCACGAAACAUACAUGGAUGGAUGGUAGGGGUUUGUUUGUGGGGAAUGGAAAAACGCAAAAAAAACUCACAUCGCAAUCGCAUAUGAUCGAAAAUAGCGAACACGACACAACUCUCCCACACAGACACACAGAAAAACGGCAAAGCAACAAAUAGUAGAAUGUAAGCGAUUAUAAGUAAGAUAUAAUCCAGUAGUAGUAAUAGUAGUGUCACAGAAUGUGCAACGACAUCGCCGAAUUGCCGAAUGUGUGUCGAACACGUGGGUGCAGCAAAAUGCAUUAAACAGCAGCACAGCAGCAGCAGCAGCAGCGCGCAUAACAGCAUUAACGAACAAGGCAGAGGCACCCAACCACCCGACCCAACCAGCCAGCAAAAACGAAGAGAAUGCAAUUAAUGAACGCUCGCUCUGGUGGUCGGCAGGCAAUGGUCCCGACGUCCCGUGGGGAUGGUACUGUAUUACAAGGGUAACCCGGUUAUUCUAAACUAGCAAACGAGAAAAUGUUAAGGUGGGGAAAAACAAAUCCAAAAUUAGGUAAUUUGAAGCAAGGGGGAUGUGUUGUGUUGGUUGAGCUGUUGUUGAGCACAGUGUUAGCACACAAGAUGGAUGCUAGAAUGUGGGAAGUGAUUUCUGCAGCUCCUGCAAUGCAUUAUUUCGGGUGAUUUUGGGGAGCCAGCCGACGAAACACGGUGAAACAAUGAAUGGUGGUGAUGAGAUGUGCGAAUGAUCUGAUUGAAAAUAGUCGACACGGAAAAAAGGGUUUUAUUUUUUAAAAAACGUUUGAAUGCAUUAUUUUGAAACCAAUACCUAUAAAGGGAGGAGUAUUGUGUACACAAGGCAGCA